AUGAAGACGAUAGAAGGCUCCAUAACCGAUUGGGACAACGUGCACGAAGUUCAAAACGAUUUAGAAGUAUUCAGUCAACAACUGGUUGAAUUUCAAGCAGCUUAUGAAGCGUGGCGUGAUUUAUUAUCGGGACAAGAGCUCGUUCCGGUGACUGAUUGGUAUAACGAACAUUUUCGAAUAAUGAAUAAUUGUAAAGUCAAAAUAGUCGAUUGGAUUGCCGUGGCUAAAUACAAAAUAGAAGAACAAAUGGAUGACAAGUCAAGCGCCUUGAAGUCCUCAAUCGAGUCUCGUCGAUCGGCCGGUUCAAGACAUUCGAGUAGGUCGGGCAGAGCUAGAGAAAGGGCAAAGGUCGCCGAGUUGUUAGAGAAAAAACAAGCACUUGAGAAUGAGUCGGAAAAAUUACGAUUACAAGAAGAGCUUGCUAUUGCUCAAGCUCGAGAACAAGCCUUUAUUGAAAACGACAUUGAGUCAAAGCGGGAAGCUACAACCGAUGGGAUGAAUGAAUAUCUAGAGGAUACUCGUCCGGUGCCGAAAGAGAACUUAUUACACGAUCAAUUAACGAAGAAUAUACCCACUCCGCAGUUUUCUUCAACGAACAUUCCCCAACCAACUCCUGUCUCCGCGUUUCAUUCAAGAAGAGCCCAUCAAACUCCAGUUAGAUUGCCACAAUACUCGUCAUCGCAUACCAAAGACACCACCCCCAUCACCUCGUCUGACAGCUCAACAACCUUUUACAGACUAUGCACAUGA